AUGGCCGAGCUCCCGGGGCAUAUCCGCGCCACACAGGCCGCGAGCAUUGCGCUCUUGACCACAACCUCCGGGCUGAAUCUCGGGCUGUCCUUCUUCGUCAUCCCGCGCCUCCUCGAGUUGCCGACGCCGCUCAUGCUGCGGCAGUGGGGCAGCAUGUUCCGGGCGACGUCCAGGGCGCUGCCGCCGGGCUUCGUGCUCCCGGCCGCCCUCAACGCCUACCUGGCGUACAGGCUGCCGGGCAAGGCGCGCGUCUACGGGCUCGCCGCGGCCCUGGCCCUCAGCGUCCUGCCGUACACCUACGGGCUGCUGAUGCCCAUCAACCGCAAGCUCCUGGACAAGGCCCGGGACGUCGAGGCGCUGGGCGGCGCCGGCGGCCUCGCCCUCGGGGACGUGCUGGGCGAGGAGAUGGGCGCCCGCGAGGAGACGGGCCAUGCCUUGAUCGAUACCUGGGGCGUCUACAACCUGUAUAGGGGAGGGGCUGCUUUUGUUGCGGGAUGUGUUGGGUUGUAUGCGGCUUUGUGGUGA